AUGCCGAUCGCAGACUUACGAGUGGUUGCAAUAACGGCCGUCGCGUCCAUAGUCGUCCUCGGAACGGCUUACAGCGUCCAACACAACACCUACCUCGACACCUCCAACCCGCACAUCACCUCCUUACCGCACCCGCUCCACGCUUCGCACUACUUCGCCAGCAAGUCCAACCCUCUCAAUGUCUACUUCAUCAAGAAAGCCUGGGGUUGGACGUCGCUCGCGUUCCUAGCUCUGUUCUUCACCCUUCCGCCGUCGGAAGGCUCCAUCGUGACGGCGCGGUCGAAGGCGCGGGGGAGGCUGUUGAAGUGGCUGGUGGAGACGGCUGUGUGGGGCGCGUUCGUGGGGUGGUUCUUUGGGCCUGCGCUGUUGGAGAGAUUGAUUGCGGCUAGCGGGGGCGAGUGCGUGGUAGUGCUCCCGACCGGAUACGUGUUGCAGUUGCCGGUCGAGGCGUGCCUCCAGAGUAGCGCCAUCAGCCCUGCGACGCAUCCGAGCCUGUUUGCGGCGAGCUUGAUGGUUCCCGAAGUGGAGACAUGGAAGGCGAGGCCGAGGCUGAGGAGGGGGCACGACGUCUCGGGACACGUCUUUCUUUUGACUAUGGGGUCGCUUUUCCUGGUGGAUCAGAUACGAAUGUCGCUCGCAACCAAGGGUCGCUGGAGCCAGGCGCAUAAAUAUGCCGUCUCAUUCGCCGCCGUUGUCCUCGGGCUGUCCCUGUUCGCAGUGUACACGACCAGCAUAUACUUCCAUACGCCAUUGGAGAAGAUCAGUGGUUUAGGUGAACAUGUGUCCGAUUUUGGCUUCAUACGAAGGCUGACUUUCCCUUGCCCUCUCAGCACUGGGCGUUGCGGGAUUUAUCGCCUGUCAACUUCCCUGGUUCGAGCCCGCGCCAUUUUGGGGAACGUCGACCUUCCCCUCAAUCGCUCCCUCACCAGCACCGGUUCAGAUUGA